GAGGAAAAGGUGGGCCAGAACUCACGACUCGUCCUCUGAAUCGGAUGAUGAGUUGCUCACCAAAAGACCCUCCUCAAACAUUGUAAAUAUGUUGCCCGAGGCACCGGUGCAACCAGGUGCACCGGUACAUCUGCCACGGACUUCAAGCCAAAGUUCGCCACUUGUUAUGGCUCCUGCAACGCCAACUACAAGCCAGAAUGCGCUUCAUCAGUCGCCUGCUAUGCAGAUCUCCAGCAGUGAACAAAAUCUUUUCCAGAAGCUGCUGAGGAGUUUCCAUCUGCUAAGGAUGGAAGUAAAAGAGAUUAAAGCGACAUUGGACUUGCUCGUUGAGCAGUCAAACAACAGUAGGAAUCAAUCUUCUGUAGCUGUGACAAACAUAGAUGUUAAACUUCCUCUGGAAGAUUUUGAAGGUGUUCAAAAUCUAGAGAGGUUGCUAGAAGAAGAGAGCAACAAAAACUACUUGCUUAACAAGUGCAAGAAUUUUGGGGGCAGUUGCUUCCAGGAUCAUACCAGGAGGAUUCUGAAACAUUUAUUCACAGAUGAAACUGCAGAACUGUUUUCGUGGACUGGCAGCAAAGGAGGAAAAAGAAAAUUUAUGAGUCUGAAAAUCGCUGACCUUGUUAUUGAAGCUGUUCUUAAAGAAAGUGGCCAAACUACAAGAGCAGAUGUGGAAAAUGUUAUGAAAAAUUGGCUACGCCAUGCAAAGGAUCGUGCCGACUACAGAAAGUUCGGACAGUACAAAAAAAAACUCCCCCCAAUGCAAGAUGCCCCUCCCUCUUGUUAAUUUACUCCCCCCAAUGCAAGAUGCCCCUCCCUCUUGUUGUUUUAGAUUGGUUACCUAUUGUUUUAAUAAAAAAUAUUUUCUGUA